UGGAGAGAUGUGGUGGGGUAUCCGUAUGCUCAAGGGGCAGAACAAAGAAGAAGAAGAUGAUGAUGAUGAAGAAGUAAAGAAAAAAAGGGCAAGAGAGAGAGAGAGAGUGUGUGUGUCAGGUGAGGACGAGACCAGAAAAAGAUGAUCAAAGCCGUGAGCACAGACGCCACGCUCCUGUUGAUGAUGCCAUGACAUGAUGCCGUCGUUUGCUUCCGCGUCCCGUUGCUCCCGUUGCUCCCAUUGUCCUCAUGCCCUCGUGCCCUCGUGCUCUCAUGCCCCCAUACCCAAUACCAUAAGUCCCCCGCGCCUCAUGCCUUCAUGUCGUCCGAUGCCCAAUGCUUUUUUUUUCUCUCUGACCGGAUCCGAAACAGGAAUCCGGGCCGUCACUCCGGUGCUAUGCAUCAAGAAUCAAGAACAACGCUCAAACGCAGAGAAGGAAAGGUGUGUAUGGGUGAAGAGGUAAUCAUGGCUCAGCUCAGCAGUGCUUCAACAACAAAACGCCGUAAUGGAUGUUGGAAUGGGGUAUGUAUGAGAAGGCGAAAUAGCGCAAAAGGGAAAACAAAAAAUGUUGACAUGAAAACCGAAAAUGGUGGCGCUCUCAUCUACACUCAAAUAUGCCAGGUUUGCUUUGAAGAAAAACGCCGGUGUGUGUGUGUGUGUAUGUGCGCGCGCGUGAGAUGGUUGGAAUAUCCCGGGGGCCGGCUAGAUGCGAAGAAGACGUGUCUAUGUGGUGCGUUGUUGACAUGGUCGAUGUGCGUACCUACUACUUCCUAGAGAGAGAUGUAGCUGUUUUUAUGCUGUUGCUGCAAAGAUGUAGGCAAGACGGUGAAGAAGAAGAAGA